CAUAGAUAAGUUAAAGUCAACUUUAUUCGUUUGAAAUAGAUGUGGCUUCGUCUUAUUUGAUGGCGGGGUGCAGUCGUCGAGAGGCAGUGUCGCGAAACGCGACCACGUUGCGAUAUAAAAGGAGUUUUGUUUAAAUUUCUUUAUCAAUCACACACCAACCGCCUGCACUCACGCUCGGAUAUAACAUUUGGCCAUGUGCACCAUGUCUGCGAAUUUUUUGAUUGCGCUGAUCUGCGUGGCGGAGCUGACGAGCCUAGUGGCGGCGGGCGGGCACGGCGGGCACCACAAGAAGGUGAUCAUCCACGUGCCGGUGCUCGUUAAGCACCACCACCACAAACACACCAUCGUGAAGCACGUGCACCACAAGCACGGCGGUGGUGGCGGCGAUGACCACUACGAGGUGCUCGGCUACACCUACGGCGAGCCCAAGGCGGCGCCGCACUUCGGCGGAGGACAUGGCUGGCACGCGGCAGAUGAAGGUCACGAGGGUCUCGAAGACUCUCCCGUAAGCUUCGACGGCGGAGACCACGGCAGCUACGGACUUAGCAGCGAAGGGCAAGAUUACGGCGGCCAUGGAGAAUACUAACCCACCAUCUCCAGUGUUAAGCCGUCGAAUAUAUGCCUGUAUAGGUAGAUCGACUGACACAUUCCACCGAGGCAUUCCGUGAAUGUUCCUUAAUGCAAUCGACGUACUCUUAUAUACCUCAAUUUGAAAACGUUUUUGUUUUCGAUUAGCUGCUCAUACAAACGAUAGUUUAGUUUUGUUGAUGUGACAUGUUACACUGGCCUGUGUUACUUUCAAAGCCAAGUACGAGGGGAAGUAAAGAUAGUUCGGAAUGUCAAACUAAUUAUUACUUAAGUACAAUAAAACUUCGGGCUUAGGUGAAAUCAUUAAAAUCAAAAUGUCGUUUACAGACGGCACCCAUAAAAAACCCGAAAUACUUUUUAACCACUAACGAGUACUUUACAGUGCGUUUUAAAUAAUAUUAUGAAGUAUACUUACGGUACUUUAAUGUUUGUUAUGUCGUUUUAAAAGUUGUUGUGAUUUAUUAAAUCCUGUUUUAAAUGGGAUAUCGUUAUUAAUAUUAUAUUUUAUGGUUAAGAUAAAUCCUGA